CUUGGGUGUGGACCCGUAGUUCACUGUUAAGCCAACUCUUCACAGAUCUCCCCACUGAUCAUAAAAAAGAUGGUGCAAGUUACAUGCGGCAAGUGGGCGGUGGCGGCUCUGUUGCUGGUCCUGGGCAUGUCUAUACCUGGCAAAGCGCAAGAGAAUUCGUGUGGUCAAUAUGGACGUUGUGCGCCACCAUUAACCUUCCAGCUACCGAACUUAUUUGGAUGCUAUUUUUAUAACCUGUUCGUUUUUGGAGGAUCCUGCAACACCCAACCUACUACCACUUGUCAGUGCGUUUGCCUGAAUGGUUUUAGCCAGGACGCAGGUGGCAAUUGUGUAGACAUCAACGAAUGUGCAGUAGGAAUCCCAUCCGGACUUGGUUCCAAUUUACAAGUUUGCGUAGGUGACAUCUGUGUUAACACCGUUGGAGGCUACUAUUGUACCCCUGAUCUAGACGAGUGUACCUUAGGUACAAACAAUUGUGCAGAAAAUGCCACAUGUACAAAUACUGUUGGCAGUUUCAGUUGUUCUUGUUUGCCUGGCUUCAGUGGUAAUGGCACAGCUUGUGAUAAUGUAGACGAGUGUUCCUUGGGUACAGACAACUGUGCAGAAAAUGCCACGUGUACAGACACAGUUGGCAGUUUCAGUUGUUCUUGUUUACCUGGCUUCACUGGUGACGGCACAACAUGUAAUGACGUGGACGAGUGUUCCUUGGGUACAGACAACUGUGCAGAAAAUGCCACAUGUACAAACACUGUUGGCAGUUUCAGUUGUUCUUGUUUACCUGGCUUCACUGGUGAUGGCAUAAAAUGUAAUGAUCUGGACGAGUGUUCCUUGGGUACAGAUAAUUGUGCAGAAAAUGCCACAUGCAAAGACACCGUUGGCAGUUUCAGUUGUUCAUGCUUGCCUGGCUUCACUGGUAACGGCACAACAUGUAAUGACGUGGACGAGUGUUCCUUGGGUACUGACAACUGUGCAGAAAAUGCCACAUGUACAGACACUGUUGGCAGUUUCAGUUGUUCUUGUUUACCUGGUUUCACUGGUAAUGGCACAAAAUGUAAUAAUUUGGACGAGUGUUCCUUGGGUACAGACAACUGUGCAGAAAAUGCCACGUGUACAGACACAGUUGGCAGUUUCAGUUGUUCUUGUUUACCUGGCUUCACUGGUGAUGGCAUAAAAUGUAAUGAUCUGGACGAGUGUUCCUUGGGUAGAGAUAAUUGUGCAGAAAAUGCCACAUGUACAGAAGCUGUUGGCAGUUUCAGUUGUUCUUGUUUAGCUGGCUUCACUGGUGAAGGCACAACAUGUGCUAAUUUGGACGAGUGUUCCUUGGGUAGAGAUAAUUGUGCAGAAAAUGCCACAUGUACAGACACUGUUGGCAGUUUCAGUUGUUCUUGUUUAGCUGGCUUCACUGGUGAUGGCACAACAUGUGCUAAUUUGGACGAGUGUUCUUUGGGUACUGACAACUGUGCAGAAAAUGCCACAUGUACAGACACUGUUGGCAGUUUCAGUUGUUCUUGUUUAGCUGGCUUCACUGGUGAUGGUACAACAUGUGCUAAUUUGGACGAGUGUUCUUUGGGUACUGACAACUGCGCAGAAAAUGCCACAUGUACAGACACUGUUGGCAGUUUCAGUUGUUCUUGUUUACCAUUUUUCACCGGAGAUGGUAUAACAUGUGUUGAUACUAGAACUUGCCCAGGAGGUCCACCUGGAAGCGAAUUCUGGGUAAAAUCAAGCGAUGGUACCAAAUGUUUCCAGUUCUUUAGUGAUCAAUUAGAUUAUGCCAGUGCCAAGACGCAAUGUAGUACAAAUGUCACAGGAAGCACACUGGCUAUCAUACUGAGCGAAUCUCAAAAUUCUGACGUAGAGGGCCUCAUUCCAAAUGUAACAACUUCUGUCAAAAAUUGGAUUGGAUUGGAACAGUCAACCCCUGGUACUUGGGCGUGGUUGGACGGCUCCUCAACUGCAGGGUACAUUAAUUGGGACGGUAACAACGGCGGGACGGCACCCUCGAAUGCUGAUAAAGCUUGCGGUGCUAUAAACAACAAACAAAUUAAAAAGUGGAAGGAGCAAACAUGUUCCGAACCAGGACAGUAUAUUUGUGAGGUGAUCCUUCCUUAAACUGGUACGAUAUCAUAUACACGUAAUCAUGUUGUAUGUGGACGCAUAUUAAUCGGACGCACUUUUUGAAUUAUAGUUUUCGUUUAAUUCUUUGUUAACCGGUGUUAUUCUAUAACGCAUAUACCCGUAUGUAUUGAUGUUAAAAUAAUUGGAAUAUCAAACUUAAUUGUACACUCAAGAUUUAAAACGUUCAUUCCCUUUUAGAACCUUUUUUAUUUAUUCCCAUCAUUUUUCUUUAUGUACAAUGUCACACGAAAAUAUUACAUCAUAUUUUUAAUUUUUGCUCAAAUCUUAUAUUAAUGACUAUUUUGUGCAUGUCUUAAAAUAUUGCUAAUAGUAGAAGUUGCGUACGUCAAUAAACACACUCAUAAGUAUGUAGUCUUCUGAACAGUGAGAGCCCACAUUUGUGGUUAUGUCGGAAGGUCAGUGAAUAAGCAAACAAUAAGCAAACUGACACGCCUCGACUUAUCUUUUCAAAACUCUGCAUUUCCCUUUUUAUCAGUUUGGUAUCCAGUGGAUUCACAAGAAAACACGUCAUUGGUUUAUGUAAAUUAACUUAUUUCCAUAUAACGUGGCAUAAUGUAUUUUGAAAUUCAACACAUUGUUUUGCCUUUAACUGAACAAUAAA